UUUCAUGUGUGUGUGCGUGUGUGUGUGAGGGCAGCGCUCCGCUCCGACCGUGGCUUUGGAUUAUCGUGUUAUGGGUGACUGCACCAUCUGCGAUCCCUGCCCUGGCACAAGGGCUCUUUUUUCCGCGAAAAACAAGCUUUGUGAAAUCUGUAGAGAAGUUCUGGAGAUGGCUGUGAAGCGUGAAGCGACGCGAAAUCCAUCGACGGCUAAACGGCUUCCCUGGGUUUCGCUGACUUUCUCAUUGCUUCACUGAAGAUGGACACACUGGAGUCGGAGUUGACUUGCCCAAUCUGUCUGGAGCUUUUCGAGGAUCCUCUACUACUGCCUUGCGCCCACAGCCUGUGUUUCAACUGCGCCCAUCGCAUUCUAGUGUCCCACUGUCCGUCAUUCGACGAGUCCAGCAAACCCUAUUCUGCCUUCCAGUGUCCCACCUGCCGCUAUGUCAUCACCCUCGACCAGCAGGGUCUAGACGGCCUCAAGCGCAACGUCACUUUACAGAACAUCAUUGACCGCUUCCAGAAGGCGUCUUUGAGCGGGCCGAACUCACCGAGUGAGACGCGCCGCUGCAGCCGCGAUCCGUUCCCCUCGGUGGCGGUGGACGAAGGCAGGGUCAUGAGUUCGCCGUGCGAAGCUGUCCAGUGCCAGUUCUGUGAGCAGGAUCCGCCACAGGAGGCGGUCAAGACCUGCGUCACCUGCGAGGUUUCGUAUUGCCAGGAAUGCCUGCGCGCCACUCACCCUAACAAGAAGCCCUUCACGGGACACCGGCUCACCGAACCCGUGCCGGACUCGCGCCUCAGAGGACUGGCCUGUCCCGAGCACGGAGAGGAGAAGGUCAACAUGUACUGCGUGACGGACGAGCAGCUGAUUUGCUCGCUGUGCAAACUGGUCGGGCAUCACCGUGACCACCAGGUGGCAGCACUGGGAGAGCGAUUCGACAAGCUGAAGCACAUGUUGGAUUCCAACCUCAGCAAUCUGAUCAAGAGAAACAGUGAGCUGGAGAACCUGAUGGCCAAACUGAUCCAGACGUGUCAGCAUGUGGAGCACAAUGCGGCUCAUCAAGAGAGCAAACUAGCAGAAGAGUGCGACACGCUGAUAAACAUCGUCCAGCAGAGGAGACAAGUCAUCGGCACUAAGAUCAAAGAAGGAAAGGUGGUUCGCUUGAGAAAGCUAGCGCAACAGAUCGCUAACUGUAAGCAGUUUGUGGAGAGAUCGUCUUCGCUCAUCGUUCAAGCCGAUCUGGUUCUGAAAGAGACGGAUCACGCUCGAUUCCUGCAGACCGCAAAGAGCAUCUCAGAGCGAGUCUCGAUGGCCACGGCGUCCUCACAGGUCCUGAUCCCAGAGAUCAACCUGAACGACACGUUUGACGCGUUCGCACUGGACUUCUCCAGAGAGAAGAAGAUGCUGGAGGGCCUGGAUUACCUCACAGCUCCGAAUGCUCCCACCAUCCGCGAGGAGCUGUGCACGGCGUCUCACGACACCAUCAGUGUUCACUGGACAUCGGAGGAUGAGUUCAGCGUGGUCUCGUACGAGCUUCAGUACAGCAUCUCCACCGGACAGACCAACGUCGUCAGUCUGUGUAACUCGAUGGACAGCUGGAUGAUCGUGCCCAACAUUAAGCAGAAUCACUACACGGUCCACGGCCUGCAGAGCGGCACCAAGUACAUCUUCAUGGUGAAGGCCAUGAAUCAGGCUGGAAGCCGCAGCAGUCCUCCGGCCAAACUCAAGACCAACAGUCAGCCGUUUAAGCUGGACCCAAAGUCGGCCCACAGGAAGCUGAAGGUGUCCCAUGACAGUCUGACGGUGGAGCGGGACGAAGCCUCGUCGAUGAAGAGCCACGCUCAGGACCGCUUCGGCAGCACGGGGAACUACGGCGUGACGGGGAACGUGUUCAUCGACAGUGGCAGACAUUACUGGGAGGUUCUGAUCGGAGGAAGCACAUGGUUUGCUAUCGGGAUCGCCUACAAAUCGGCUCCCAAGCACGGCUGGGUCGGUAAGGACUCGGCAUCAUGGGUACUGAGCCGCUGUAACACCUCGUGGGCCGUGCGUCACAACAGUAAGGAGUUCCCCAUCGAGCCGUCUCCUCACAUGAGGCGUCUGGGCGUCCUGCUCGACUACGACUCCGGCUCGCUGGCGUUUUACGAUGCCGCUGGAACGCAGCACCUGCACACCUUCGACAUCGCCUUCUCUCAGCCCAUCUGUCCCGUCUUCAGCGUGUGGAACAAGUGCUUGACCGUCCUCACCGGGCUCCCCAUCCCAGACCACUUAGAGAUCAGCGACCCGCGCGACUGAACGCUCGCUGAUCACAGGAAGAGUUCUGACCAGAAACGAAAAUUAGCUGAACAUGUGUUCACACUCGGGUCAUCAAAGAUUAGGAUGAGUUUAUUUCUUCACCAGAUUUGUAGAAAUGUAGGAUUGCAUCAGUGUCUCAUCAAUGGAUGCUCUGCAGUGAAUGGGUGCCGUCAGAAUGAGAGUCUGAUAAAAACAUCACAAUAAUCCACAGCACUCCAGUCCAUCAGUUAACAUCUGGAGAAGACACAAGAUGAAACAAAUCCAGCAUUAAGAUGAUUUUAACUAAAAUACAUUGAGUCUAUAAUCAAUAAUAACACUUCCUCCAGUAAAGAAGUCCAUCUCCUGUUGUCUCUCUCAUCAAAAUCCAGUUACAUAUUUGUUUAGAGCGGUUUUGGCCUGUAAACUGUGCAGAUUUCUCUCCUGAUUCAGACCAGACCGCUUUUUCACUGGAGGAAGUUUUAUCAUGGAUUAUUACUAUUUUUAACUAGUGUCUAUUGUUUUUUUUUUUUUUUUUCAGUUUUAAUUUGUAUAUUUAAUUUAUAUUUAUCUUUUGUUUCUUCUCCCCUAUUUUAGCAACUUAUAUAUUAAAAAAUAAAUUAAAAAAUAGAUAUUUUCUGUUUAGCUUUUUUGAUAGAAAUUUUUAUUAAUCAAAUUGAUUUCCAUUUCAGUUUUUAGUAAUUUUAGUACUUCAGCUUAAACUUAUUUACAAAUUAUAUAUCAAAAUUAUAUGUUUUUUUCAUCAUAUUAUUACUAUUUUUUUCAGUUUUAAUCAUUGAAGUACUGUAAAUUAAACAUUAAUUUAAUUUAUGGUCAGCAUUCCUUUUUUUUUUUUUUUUUUUUUUUAGUUUAAUUUCUUCAUAUAACACUACAGGACAUUUUAUUUCAGCAUCAUUUUAAUUAACAAACAUGGUUUUAGGUCACAAUAACAUCACUAUCAAGUGUUUCCUGAAGUUAAAUUAAACUUAAUAAAGAAUUUCAUAUGAUGGAUUAUGGACUUUAAAGUCCUAAUGCUGGAUUUGUUUCAUCUUUUGUCUUCUCUAAAUGUUAACUGAUGGACUGGAGUGAUGUGGAUUAUUGUGAUGUUUUAUCAGCUGUUUGGACUCUCAUUCUGACGGCACCCAUUCACUUGCAGUGAGCAAGUGAUGCAAUGCCAAACUUUUCCAAAUCUGAUGAAGAAACAACCUCAUCUACAUCUCAGAAAGCCUGAGGACGAGGACACAUGCAGCACAUUUUCAUUUUUCUCUGAACUAUUCCAGCGUAUAGAUAAAAAUAAAUAAAUAAAAAAACAGCUAUGUGUCUCUCCUGACCGCUUGUUAACAUCAGGUGCUCUAUAAACCUGCAGAACUGGACCAAAAUCAUAGGAAAAGUCCAUAAUAAUGUUCCCGGCUUCACUAACAGAUCGUAUACUGUGCAUUGCUUCACCUACACUCCAUAAUUAAGCACCUUGAUUCCUAAUAGUUGAUGAUUAUUUAUGACUCUUCUGUCUCAUGCACCUCGAGUCACUUUAUUUACUCAUUCUUUAGGGUUUUUAGUAUGACUUUAAGAUCGUGUACAAACACCCAAAUCAUCACCUGUAGUUACAUGAAAUCAAUAUUACUAUCAAACGCUCCUAUGCUCCUCUAUUAGACUGAUGCUGUUCUUCACGUCCUCAAACCCUUACUGUGUUCAGAAUGGAAUACUCGCUCACUACAUAGUGCAUACUGCGCAGUAUACUUACUCUGAGUAGAACAGAACAAUGCUCUCAUUAAUCAACAUAUUUUAAUGAUUUCUGAAGAUCAUGUGACACUGAAGACUGGAGGAAUGAUGCUGAAAAUACAGCUGUGCAUCACAGAAAUAAAUUACACUUUAAUAUACUUAGAGUAUACUGCAGAAAUAGUAUGAGUAGGAUGCCAUUCUGAACCGAGCCAUAUAUUGUACGUGCACUUUUUCUAAGUGUCUGACCUUCUACCCUGUCAUUUUUUGCAAGAAAACUGUGAGGUUAAAUUUGAUGAAUUUAAUUUCCAGGAUGUUUUUGGACUCCCUGCUCGUCACGUGACAUGGAAGGAGAAAUGCCAAAGUGUGGAUAUAUCCUGAAAUGAAUUUCUUUUGACUUUGAUGAAAUCGAUCUGACUCUCAGGACGUUUUCAUCGUCACACUGAGGUUCGGUUCGAACGACCAAAAUCACAAAGGGAUGUUAGUUAAAAAAGAUCAAUGAUUUGUCACAAUCAGUUAAAUGAAUGGCAUUUGUUAGAAAUAUGGUGUAUGUGUUGCAGAUUGAGUAGCACCUACUGCACUUUAUACAUGAGUUUGGUUUGAUUCACUGUUUAGAUCUUCUUUUUUUGGCCCUUUUCUGGAAAAUGCUUUUAAACCUGUUUCAAUGUACAGUGUUACAGUUAUAUUUUGUAUUCAGAAUAUUUUUUUUUUCUGAAUAAAAAAAAAAUGAAUUAUGUGCUUCCCUGAAAUAAUAAAAUUGUGUGUCCUA